AUGCAAGACACGGUGAGACAGGAUGGGAAGUGGAUACCGGCACCGUCGGACCUGGUAGUCUUCCAGACUUCAGACCACAAGACUUCGGCACAAGGCUCCCUCUUCAGCUCCAUCAUCAACAUUGGCGCCCUGGUGGGGGCACUCUGUGGAGGUCCGCUGAGCCAGCAGAUUGGCCGGAAAGGGGCCAUGCUCUUCAUGGCGCCCUUGUUUGCUUUGACCUGGUAUGUGACAUCGAUCGGCACUGGGUUCGCAGUGCUGAUGACUGCGCGCCUUCUCCUGGGAGUUGGUAUCGGUCUCAGUAGCUGCGUGGUGCCAACCUACAUCAAUGAAGUGUCGCCCACGCACCUUCGUGGAGCCUUUGGCGCCAUCUUCCAGAUGGCCUGUGUGGUUGGAAUCAUGGUCUGCUACCUGCUGGGGGAGGUGAUCGAGGUGAAUAGCGGUGGCCACAGCUUCUGCCAGUGGCGCUAUUUGGCCUUGGUCCCCCUAGCGCUGGCGGCCUCUCUGUUCCUAUUCGCGCUGGUGAUCCCCGAGUCGCCGCGAUACUUGGCAGCCCGGGGAAAGGCAGAUGCUGCGCGCAUGGCGCUGGCAAAACUCCGUGGCGGUGCCCAAUUCAUCGGCAGUGAGCUUGAGGAAAUCCACGAAACCAUCCAGCAGAGCUCUCAGUCCAGCGGCGGAUUGGCAGAUUUGUGGCAGGAGAAGUUGGCCUUUGGCAUUGGGCUGACGCUCAUGUUCAUCCAGCAGUUCAGCGGUGUGAACGCCGUGAUCUUCUUUCAGAACACCAUCUUCAUGGAUGCAGGUUUCGAGAAUGCGGCGAGCUUGGGUUUCCUGGUCAUGCUCGUCCAGGUGAUCAUGACAGCGGCUUCCAUACCCUUGAUGGACACUGCAGGGCGCAAGGUCUUGCUCCUCAUAGCAUGCUGUGGCAUGACACUGUGUUGCGCUGGCAUGGUGAUCUUCUUUGUCUUCAGCGGGCCUUCGUGGAUUGCGCUCGUGUCAUCCUUCUUGUACAUUGCCUUCUUCUCCCUGGGUCUAGGGCCCAUCCCGUGGCUCAUGAUGGGCGAAAUCUUCCCUGGCAAGAUCCGUACAUCCGCCUCAUCCUUUGCGGCGGCCCUGAACUGGACCUGCUCCUUCAUCACCACCGAAACUAUCUCAGGGCUGCAGGCGCUCAUUGGCUUCGGCGGCGUCUUCGGCCUCUACGCCGUGGUGCUCAUCUUUGGCGCCGUCUUCGUCGCCACCUUCGUGCCCGAGACGAAGGCCCCGCAUGCUAGCAAUGUGAGGCGAAAGGAUUCAGACCUCAUAGCUUGA